CUCCGCAGUCCGCCGGUCAUCGUGAUCGAGUGUGAUGCUUCACGCGCUGUAUCCGCUCUCGAGGCUCAUCGGCAGGGCUUCAGAACUGUGGUGCAAGGCGCCGUUUGUGUACGUUAAUGGCAAAGAGGUUUGGGAUGGUGGCGGUGCUCUUUCUGGACCGCAGCAGACGGGCCUGUUACUGCAGUGGAACAGCACGGUAAAAACAUCCACCGGUCCUGAUCCAAACCGCACGGACACUGAGAGUCCUCACGGAGCGCUGGUAGAUCUACUAGACGUCUGUGAGCUGAAAAAGACACCAGAAGAGUUGAACAAGGAGGAAAUGCAUGAAGAUGUGCACAAACCACUGCAUUACGUCAAUCAGAUGGAAACUCCUGCAGCAUCUGUGUGUGACGGAAACGUUGGUGUGAGAGUGUGUCGGCGGUCAGAGAGGACAAACAGUGACGUAAACCUCUCAGAAUCAGCGCUCGGGUGUCUAGAAGAAACAAAUGAUUCUGAGUUUUCCAGUAUUGAAUAUCAGAGUCACUCAGAUAUUGAUAACAUGCUCUCUGCAUUCAACCAGCUUGAUGCACAUGCUGAAACAGACCGUGAGGUGGAUUCAUCCAUGUCAAAUAGACUCACUCAUCCCAGCACUGACAUCUUCCUGGGGUUUGAUUCUGACGCUGGGAAUGAAGCCCUUGGCAGCCCAGUGUUUGAUUUGGCGGCUUUGCUUGCAGACUCUCAGCAGGUUCAGACACCAGCGGAGCCCAUCGGCUGGCAUUUUCCCGUGGGCCUUGGGCUGUCACAGAUGUGUUAUUGCCCUUAUGUGCAGUUUCCUGACGUCAGCUAUUAUCCUGCGCUUCAGGAUAGUGACGGCAUUGAAGUGAUGUGGCGGGUGUGGGAGGAUCUUAGUGAAACCCACACCGGGGCCUUUGGGGACACAGCUGCUGUGUUUGACUUCAGCAUCAUGUCUUACAACAUCCUGGCUCAAGAUCUGCUAGAAGCAAAUCCACAGCUGUACACACACUGUCCAGAGGAAGUGUUAGUGUGGGACCAGCGACUCCGGACCAUCCUGAAGGAGCUCCAGAUCUGGGAACCUGACAUUAUUUGUCUUCAGGAAGUUCAAGAAGAUCACUUCCUAGAGCAGAUCUAUCCUGUCCUGACUGACAUGGGUUACACCUGCAUCUACAAACGCCGCACUGGGACCAAAACGGAUGGCUGUGCGGUGUGUUAUCACAGCGACCGCUUUACCCAGCUUUCCAUCAAUCUGCUGGAGUUUCGCCAAUCGGACUGUGAGCUGCUAGAUCGUGACAACGUGGGCAUUGUGCUGCUCCUCCAGCCGAUGGCAGGGCAGAAUGAAGCGUUCAGCCCCAUAUGUGUGGCCAACACACACCUGCUGUUCAACCCCAGGAGAGGAGAUGUGAAGCUCGCCCAGCUGGCCAUCGUGUUUGCUGAAAUUGACAUCAUGAUCAAAAAAUGCAGGAGUGAAGGAAGACGCUGUGAGGUGGUUUUAUGUGGGGACUUUAACGCUUUACCCAACAGCCCUCUGUGGAAUUUCAUCACCACCGGACAGCUUUACUACCACGGGUUACCUGCUUGGAUGGUUUCAGGUCAGCUGGAUUUGUCGUAUAAAAUCCAUCACAUGAGGCUUUUCUCUCCGUUGUGGCCCAGCAGUCUCGGCAUCACUGACGGCUGUCAGUACAGGUCUGACGCACAGACCGCAGCUUCAGUAGACAAUCGUCAGUACAGCGCUGAGUUUCUGUGUCAGCUGCGAUACUGUCCGGCGGCGUGUGUGCGGCCCGCUGAUCUGGAGCUCAUGCCAGGAGUCACUGACAAAACACCAGACCCAGAAGACAUGGACAUGUUUAGUUCAAGGUUUGGACACGCAUUGCAUCACGCGCUGAGCCUGAGGUCAGCUUACAGUCCUGUCCAGCCCGACACGCAGACGGCUGUGGUCAGCUCUCUGAACUCCGAGGGAGGAGCGAUGGUCGACUACAUCUUCUUCUCCAGCCGCAGGACCGGCUCUGCUGCAGCUGAAGAGAGCGCUGCGGGGUUGAAGCUGCUGGGUCGUUUGUCUCUGCUGUCUGCGGCUGAUCUCUGGUCUCUGCGAGGACUUCCUAACGAAGCGUUCCCGUCUGAUCAUCUCAGUCUGAUCGUCAAGCUUCAGCUUCCUCCCGUCUGACCCCAACAUUUGACAAAUAAGAAAAUGAAGAGCACAGCCACAUGACGCUGUUAUUGAAGGUCAGAUGCACACUCCGUUAUGGACAUCUAAUGACAGUCCUUCAUUUGAAAGAAUCUGAAUGUGUUCUCUUGAAAACGGAUGAGGGGUUUGUACAUGCACGUCAUAUAUCAAGCUUUACAGUACAUUCAUGAGAAAGUUGCUUUUUCUUCCAUCUCGGUGAAAUGAGGUU